AGCGCUAUUUGGGAUUCAGCCAGAAUCUCACGCUGCAUCGUUUGGCGCUGAGACGAUGCAGGCUAGGUUUAUGAAUUUUAAGAUAUGUAUCUCUGGUAGCUUUCUGUAACUUUAUUUAUAAUUUCUGCCGUGUAUUAUAGGUAGAAGUUUCUGUUUUAGGUUUAUUUUAAAGCACUAAUAAAGUGCUACAGUUUGCAGAGGGCGCUUAGACGCUUCUGUGCUAAAUGCUAACUAAAGAAGACAGCACAAAACCGAAACAGGCAAUGACACCACAAAGAGAUGGGACAACUUCUCUCAUUGACAAGACCAUGAGGAUGAGAAGAGAGGAACACGAGCGUCAGGUUCUCCUGGCCUGGGCGGUUCUCAAUGUCUCUCUUGCUGGAAUGAUUUACACAGAAAUGUCAGGAAAUCUGCUCAGCAGAUACUAUAACAUAACUUAUUGGCCAAUCUGGUACAUUGAACUUGCCCUGGCCUCUUUGUUCAGCCUGAAUGCUGUCUUUGAUUUUUGGAAGUAUUUUAAGUACACCAUGGCGCCUUCAACCAUUACUCUCUCACCCGAGCAGCAUCGACUCCUCGGCCUCCGCAACUCAGGAAUUCAGGCCUCCCCUCCCCAAAAGCCAGAGAAGAAAGAGACUCCGGUGGUUCCCCGAUCAUCACCACUCCAGGGACAGAACGUGCUCAGUUUCAGCCCUGCACGGCCCCCCAGUACCAGUCCGAAGUUUUCCCCCAGCUGUGUGUCUGGGUUCAGCCCACCUCUGUGCAGCCCUUCCACUCCUGGCAGCAGUAGACCUUUUUCACCGUCUUUGGCAUUUGGCAAGGUAUUGAACUACAGUCCGUCUUCCCCUCCUUACCCGAGCAGCCUGGGCCCAGUAGAAGGCACCAGUCUAAGAACACGCUAUCGCACAUCCCCAUCUGUUUUUAGCUCUCCUGGAGGGAAGGAAGACUACAUGGAUGACCCUAAAUCUUUGGAGAAAUUCCUUCGUUCUGAAGAAGAGAAGAGCCACCGGGGUCAUCUUGGGAGUCCAGAUUCGACAUCUCAGUCACACAGUCCAACCUUCUGGAACUACAAUCGCUCUAUGGGUGAUUACGCUCAGAGCCUGAGGAAGUUCCAGUACCAGCCAGCCUGCCGCUCACAGGCUCCCUCUGCCCACAAAGACGAAACUGAACUGGGAUCCAAGCAAGCUGCUGAAGAGGUCUGGGCACGGAUCACAACCAGCCGUGUGGUUACUGACAGCAUUGACAGCUGGACCGCCAAACUAAGAAAUUGGAUAAAUGACACCAUUCUGGUUCAUCUGGUAAAGGAAAUAGAAUCCAUCAACAGCCAGCUGAGGAGAAUGGGCUGCCCGGAGUUACAGAUAGGAGAGGCCAGUAUCAGCAAUUUGAAACAGGCUGCUGUAGCCAAAGCCUUAGCCAUUCCCACUCUCAACACUAUAGUGCAAUAUCUGGACAUCACAUCCAACCAGGAAUAUCUGGUAGAGAGAAUCAAGGAGCUGGCCCACAGUGGCUGCAUGAGCUCCUUUCGCUGGAACGCUGGCGGGAACCUGAAGAACAGGAAAUGGGACACGGAUCUCCCGACUGACUCUGAUAUCCUCAUGAAUAUUCUGUGCACAUACCUGGACUCCAGACUUCCUCCUCACCCAAAGUACCCAGAUGGAAAAACCUUCACCUCUCAACAUUUUAUCCAGACUCCAAACAAACCAGAUCUUUCCAACGAGAACCUCUUCUGCAUUCACCAGAGCAGCAUCAGCCCACCUCACUAUCAGCUUGUGUAUCAAGGCCAUAUCUACAGCCUGCCUAAGGGAAGAAACAAUUUGUUCCACACAAUCCUCAUGUUCCUUUACAUUAUCAAAACCAAGGAGUCUGGGAUGCUGGGAAGAGUCAACCUGGGGCUCUCAGGAGUCAACGUCCUUUGGAUAUUUGAGUAGUAAUACUGGUAUAACCAUGUUAUAACCAAGUAAAAACAACACCCUGAAUUGCUCACAUUGUGAGUAAUAUAUUGUACAUGGCUGUAUGUGGUUGAAAUUUAAUAUUAUCUGUUUUUCCUGUGCUUUGGGGAAACAGCUGGAUGGUUAUUUAGUUGCUAUAGCAACUGCAGCCCAACAUCAGCUCUGAUAUGAAAGUUGUGUUACAGAACAAGUUGUUUCGACGUUGUAAAUAAUCCGCAUGUGAGACAGCUUUGUUUGACACAAAGCUGCAGAAAUUUUCAGCAUUGAAUGUGUGAAUUAUGUUAUUUUUUAUCUUUCUGUGCAAGUGGUUUACUAGAGCAUCAGUGAUUUUGUUGUAGGCAUAAACCUCUUAUCUCUGCUGUAUAUUUCUCAUCCCAUUCGGCCCAUGCUCGUUAUCCUCGUUAUUAAAACUAUAUAAACUAUUUAGGUAACAGGACCUAAAUGAGACUCUCGCUUUUUGCUGGUUGAGUUUGUUAAUGAAACUUUUCUGCGUGCAGGAAUUAUGAUGUUCACCAAUUAAGGUCUGAUGUGAGAAAAUGUUUGUUACUUAAACUCCGACAUGUGGUUUUGGUUGUGUUGAAUACUGGUAAUGUGCUUACAGUUAUUUAUCACACUCACACAACAGAAUGGAGAUUUACUCCCUGAGCUGAUUAAGAUUUAGCUGAAGCUGUAAUUUCCCUUACAGGAAAGGUUUAUACAGGGAUCAGUUAUCGUAAUCACACUUUAGAUCAGGUGUGUGUGUGUGUGUUUGUGUGUGUGAUGCAUAAAGAUAAAUAGCUCUUUUUUCAUGAUCUGACCUGCUAACAGACCAAAUUAUAGAGCAUCUUAUUUGUUGUAUCAUUUGCAUCUUUUUUACAGCUUGAUCUUCAGCAAAUAUUUGGUGUAAACACUCACAUGGCUGAUUUAUAACCAUCAUUUUGGAUGAUAUCUGCCAAAAGGACUUCUUUUGAUUUAGUUCUUGGGAGUUUUUUGGUUAUUUUGAUAUGCAAUAAAUUAAAAUGCACAUUUUUAGA